AACAUAAACAAGGAAGAAAACAUGAAAAAUGAACCAAUUGAAAAAUUCAUUUAAGAGUUUGCAUGUUGCUGUCAACUUUGUCUAUUUUUUUUCUCCAAUGGAGAUGCACUUUCACGGACGAAAGCGUCGCUAUGAACACCAACUCCAACGACGUAUGGAGCGAAGAAAUGGGAAUGCUUCAAGAAGAAUGGGUCUCGAAUGCGAUAAAAGAUAUUGCGUUCUUUCUCAGGUCUCACAAGUUUAACGAAUACGACAGAAGAUUUCAAACGCAAUCGAAUCAGGUGUACGUAUACUCGGCCAAAUUUCCAGAACCUCCGCUGAAAAACAUGCACUGGGAAGUGCACAGAAGUUGUUCGAAAGGAUUUACGGAAUGCAUCAGGUAUCUGAUGAAAGUUGUGAAGAAAACAAACCUCCAAAGGGUGAGAGACACGAGUUACGUCGUUCGUAUAAACGGAUGGAAUAAAGACAAAGACCGAGAAAAAAUCUCCGCAGCGGACGAUGAAUGCAAAACCUUGCGUGAUAUGGAUUCGAAAGACACGGAUCUAUUUGAAGGUCCUAUAGCCAAAUUCAGAUGGAGGACGACAGCGUCAUACUACAUGUGCCUGUUUACGUUGGAGGAAAACCCAGAAUUAGCCACAUUCGGUGAGCCGUGCGAUUCUUUUGCAUCCUGCGCUUGGGGUGACUUGGAGUUCAGCAAUAAAGACCCGAGAGCGGACGACACCCAACCAUUUUUCUGUGCAAUGUACAGUUUCUGCCCAGAUAUUUGCUGUCCUCUCAAAUAUGUUCGGGAUUUGGCCGAGUGCGAGUCUUCGCCGACCAACCCUUGCAGGAACAACUCGACGGUGAACGAAAUCUGCAAAUUUGAACGGAGCAAAAAUCGAGAUUUGACUUCAAUGAUCAAAAACAGAUGGAACGUCACUUGCAACUGCAUGCCAGGUUUCAUCUGGGACUCAAGGUUUGGCAUGUGCGUCGAUUUCGAUGAGUGCUACGAAAAGGCCAACGUGUGCGACAAGUCUUCGGAGACGUGCGUCAACACGAAAGGCGGCUACGAGUGUUUCUGCGCUUUGGGCUUCGUUCAAGCCGAGGGCCAUUGCGUCGCCGUCGACACGCUCACCCGAUAUGGGAACGUGAGUUUAUUUACGAUAUUGAGGCAUAAAAGAAAAAAGAAAAAGGUUGACUAUUUUAAAAACAGGAAUUUUACUAGAAAAAGUAAACGUAAUAUUUCACACAGGCGUUCCCAUAUGCUCUGGAAUCAUGGAUUUUCAAUGGAGACCAUUCGUAAGGAACUGCUCAGUAUCGAUUUAACGAGAGGAGAGGUGCUCAUGUGGGAAUAA